AGAUGAUGAGGAGGAGGAGGAGGAUGAAGGAGAGACGAAAGAGCGGGAAAAAACACCACUGAAUCAAAGAAAAAGGAAAGCAGAUCCCACCGUCGACUCGUCAUUCCUGAAAACCAAAAAACUCGAAGAGUGGGAAAAGAAGCAGCGCGAGGAACUGACACGGGAAUACCUGCAGCGGCAAGAAAAGAUCAAACAAGAGCAGUUCGAGAUGGAGUUUUGCUACUACGACGGCACGUACUCGAAAAGCUCGCUGACGAUCAAAAAGGGCGAUCAGGUCUGGCUCAUGCUCGACCGGACGAGGAAAGGCAAGAAGGAAUUCCACAGGGGUACGGUUGACGAUAUAAUGCUGGUGAAGGACAACAUCAUCAUUCCGCAUUACUACGAGUUUUACUACUUUAUCGUCAACAAAGUGCAGACCAAGAACGGGCUGCUGUUUGAUUUCGAUAAUCCGCAGGGAGCUGAUGCGAAGCGGACAAAGGUUGUGCAUAAGAGCUGGUAUGAUAAGAAUAAGCACAUCUUUCCCGCGAGUACGUGGAAAGAGUUUGAUCCGGAGGUCGAUUAUACAAAGCAGGUCUUGAGGGAUAGCGCGGGCUUUGUUUACUUUCAGCAGUGACUUCUGAUAUGUACGGUGUAUAAUAGUGUAAAGAUAGGUGUUGGAUGUUGUAUUAAGUAGUUGUGUUAAAGAUAG